CACGACGCAGGACGUUCUGCCGCGGCGGCAUUGGGGUGCAGCCCGGCGUCUUCGAGCGGACAGAAGCUCCGAGGGGCUCUGCUGGCGCGGACUGACGGCUCUGCGAGUGGGAAACCGCCGGGAUCUUCACUAUAUGUUUACCUUGUUUCCUGGGCCUACCCGAAGUAUGAGCCUGUUGGGACUUGGGGCCAGAAGAAAGCAAGACAUCUUCACAAGGAACUCCAGACGCUAAAAAAAAUAUCCCCAAGUCUGAAGAGCUAGGACACAGACAUGGCCGACAGUGGAUUUACGGAUCCUCGAGAGGACUCUCCAAAGGAUUUGGAAAACGAGCCGUCAGUAAAUCCUCACGCGCAGGAGACCACAGUCACAGCAAGUCCCCCUGCAGAAGCUCAGGCCCUGCCUCCUGCCUCUGACCUUGACAAAGACCACCACGAGGGGCACCCAGAGGGUCCAGAAAGUGCAGACGCAGGCGGCACAUCAGAAGGCCCAGGUCCAGCAGACUUCGGAGACCAUCCCAAGGCUACAGCAGAACGUGAGAGCAAGCCCGGUGUCCCGGAUGGAGAACAAGGACAUCAGGUGCCCUGGGGAAGUCUGGGGGAAGAACCCCUGGAUCUGGAUCCUAACUGUUCUCCAAGCGACGAGGUAGGAAGAGCAGGUGCACAGCCGGGGAGCAGCUCUGCGGCCUUCCCCGAGGGAGCGAGUGACGGAGCUGCGGCUGCUUUGGGGGCGCCCGCCGCAGCCUCCCAGGAGGCCCACGGUCCGGGUCCUGGCAGCACAGGUCUGGACAGCCGGGAUGCGUUGAGGAGGCGACAGCCCGCUUCAGACUCUCCAAAGGAUUUGGAAAACGAGCCGUCAGUAAAUCCUCACGCGCAGGAGACCACAGUCACAGCAAGUCCCCCUGCAGAAGCUCAGGCCCUGCCUCCUGCCUCUGACCUUGACAAAGACCACCACGAGGGGCACCCAGAGGGUCCAGAAAGUGCAGACGCAGGCGGCACAUCAGAGGGCCCAGGUCCAGCAGACUUCGGAGACCAUCCCAAGGCUACAGCAGAAUGUGAGAGCAAGCCCGGUGUCCCGGAUGGAGAACAAGGACAUCAGGUGCUUUGGGGAAGUCUGGGAGAAGAACCCCUGGAUCUGGAUCCUAACUGUUCUCCAAGCGACGAGGUAGGAAGAGCAGGUGCACAGCCGGGGAGCAGCUCUGCGGCCUUCCCCGAGGGAGCGAGUGACGGAGCUGCGGCUGCUUUGGGGGCGCCCGCCGCAGCCUCCCAGGAGGCCCACGGUCCGGGUCCUGGCAGCGCAGGUCUGGACAGCCGGGAUGCGUUGAGGAGGCGACAGCCCGCUUCAGACACCGGAAGUCAUGGACAGGAAUCACAAAAACUAGAAGAAAACAAAGAGAAUGCUCAGGACACCAUACGAAAGAUUAAUAUAAAGGAUUUGUGGAGCUACGGUCCUGUCUUUCUGGGCUUCCUGGUUGCGGCUCUUGUGCUCAGUUCUGUGAACAGCUACUACUCCUCUCCAGCCCAGCAAGUGCCAAACAACCCAGCCCUGGAGGCCUUCUUGGCUCAGUUCAGCCAGUUAAAGGAGAAGUUCCCAGGGCAGAGCCCCUUCCUGUGGCAGAGAGGGCGCAAGUUCCUCCAGAAGCACCUCAACGCCUCCGAGCCCAGCGAGCCGGCCACCGUCAUCUUCACGGCGGCCCGGGAGGGACGGGAGACCCUCAGGUGCCUGAGCCACCACGUGGCGGAUGCCUAUACCUCCUCCCAGCGGCUGUCUGCCCUUCAGCUCGACGGGGCCCAGCGAGCCUCGCAGGACAGCGACACGGUCAAGCUGUGGGUGGACUUGGAGCUGAGCUCGGGCUUCGAGAACGGCCACAAGGCUGCCGUGGUGCACCGCUUCGAAUCCCUUCCUGCGGGCGCCACUUUGAUUUUCUACAAGUACUGUGACCAUGCGAACGCGGCCUUCAAAGACGUGGCCCUGGUCCUGACCGUCCUCCUGGAGGAGGAGACCUUGGAAGCUAGCGUGGGCCCGAGGGAGACGGAGGAAAAGGUCAGGGAUCUGCUCUGGGCCAGGUUUACCAACUCGGACACGCCCAGCUCCUUCAACCACAUGGACUCCGACAAGCUGAGUGGGCUGUGGAGCCGCAUCUCACACCUGGUGCUGCCCGUGCAGCCCGUGAGGAGCAUAGAGGAGCGGGGGUGCCUGCUGUGAGCUCAGCUCGGGGCUUGCUGGGGGGCCCAGGCGUGGGCAGAGUGCGUGAGGCCGUCCGUGUGUGUGGAAGGGGCUGGCAAACAGAAACGGCGUGGGAAGCACAGACGGAUUUAUUUCAGACAAAGGUUUUCAUUUUCCGCCAUAAUUCUUUCUAAUCUAUGAUGCUAAAUAUUGACCUUUUUUUUCCCUUUGCCUUUUAUAAAGCAAAUCAGGUUUGAAAUACGGCAUGGUCUAUGAAACAGGAAUUGUCUUUAAUCCCAAAGUUAUAGCAACAGAAUCAUCGCACAGGAAACUGCAGAGUGGUUUUUGUUUUCCUGGAUGAGAGUAACAAGCCUUCUGGGUGGUGUUUGGACGUGGAUGAAAGCAGUUAGAAUUGUGGAGCAAUGGUCAUUUUAAAAACUUAUAUCACCUGUUAAGUAUUUUAAAACUCACUUUAAUAACCUGCUUAUGGGAUCACAUUUUCUACUAACUUGCACUUUUGAGGAGUAUGAAAACAGGAAAUAAAAAUGGACACCAUCAACUCUUUACUGAAAUUCUACACGCGAAGCACUACGCUUUUAUUCCGUUAAUGAGCCGAGGUAAAAGCAGCUCUACUCAAAGGCUGCUCUUAAAAAUUGGACUCCAUGGGGAAGUUGUUUGUAAGGGUAGGAGACAGAAUUCCAGCUGGCUGUAUCUUUACUUCUGCUGUCGAAUUCUUCAGAGCAGUGACCCUCAGCUGUGUCAGCCAGUGCCCCCCACCCCUUACCCCAGAGAGUUUCUUCCUGUGACUCUCUUAUCCUUGAAUAUUGGGGUUCUCUGUAAGAUUGCAUUAGAACAAAGAGCUUCUCUGAUUAAUAAAGUCUGAAAACCAUUGAGUAAGUGAAACAAGAAGAGAACUCUUCGAGGACAGGAACUGGAUAGGAAAAACAGUGAAUGUACUGAAACAAGUAGGAAGAAGAUAAAAUACAGGUUCAGGGCUUAGAUGCACUAUUUGUGGAAGCUAAUGAUGUUUAAGUGAACAGCAGCAUGUGUAAGCUGGCAUAUGGGCAGAAGUUUCUGGUGCUAUUGGUUACUUCUGUUAAUCGUUAUUUCUGUCUCCCCGAAUGGAAUUUUGUAAUCGUUAGGAUGAGAGUCUGAGUGCCCCUACAACAGAACAAACCUUAAUAACCAAUCCAGUAGUAGAUUUCAUAUGGUCACUCUGGCAUCAGUGUAAACUAUUUGCUACGUAGUGAUGGAACAUUGUAUAACCUAGCUCAUUUCUUGACCAGCUGGUUGGAAGUCCCAUAAGGUUAGGGAACAGAAAUGUAAGAGAUGUUACACUUAGAGAAAGUAGAAAUCGUAGGUUUUGAGAUGCUUUAAUGGCCAGUGCUAAUGGCUGGGCCGUGUUCUGUGAGAGGACAGUCUUUGCUGGUUAGCAUCUGAGUUCUGAGAGUAGAGCCCGAGUGGUGUUGCCCUAGCAGAGGUUCUGUCCCGUCUGUUCCAUUACGUGGGCUGUCACCACGAUCCGGCAAUGGUUCAGCUAGGUUUUGUCUGAUUCAAUGAGGGCUCACACAGACACCCAUUUUUAUUUUUUAUUUUUUUUUUCUUUUUAAAGAAGUCGUGAUUAAAGUGUGGAAGGAUUUUAGGAAACACUAAGAAAUAGUUUCUUUACUGCUGCCUACAAUGCUGACAAUGACAUGGGAAAGGAUGUUUCUGCAGAAAUCUGUCACAGGAAUUGCAUGGAAGUCUACUUUAACCGCGGCCUGAAGCUGCGCUCAGCGUGUGGGGCAGACCUGGAGAAGGCGCACGUCUGGGUCUCCGGAGGAGUCGUGUAGUGGGCCUGAGAAAAGACUUGAACACAAAGCAUGGUGAAUGUAAUAUCAGCGUCCAUCCGGUAUACGGUCAGAGGAGAUUGGAGAGAACUCUAUGAAUUCGACGCAGUUGAAGGUUUUCUGUAUUUCUCGCCCUUGCACGCGAGUGUGACAUCACAGCGCCAGUGGUGCCUUGUGGAACUGUCGAGUGGGCCGGCUGGCCCGUGCUACCUCACGUGUGCACAGGAAGGUGUGCGUGUUCGGUCCACGUCUGUCCGUGACAGCUCACCGUGGAGACAGAGCUGCUGCUUCCUCCACCCAGCUGAAUGUGGUUCCCCUGCGUCUCCUCUCAAUGCCAGCUCCCGACAGUCCCAGCUUUGUUCUGCCAUUCAGUCUUUGUUUGAAACCCUGUCCUUCCAUGUGUAAGUGCAAUCAGCGGAGGCUGUUGUCAGUCUUCUGUCCACCAUUUCAAAAUGAUUUUCAGCCGCAGUGACUUAGCUCUGAGUCGUCUUAUGAGUACAAUGAUUAUUUUUAAAGCAUAAAACUAUAUUUGUAAAAAUUACAAAUGUUUAGCAUCUAAUGUACACUUGGGUUAAUUUCUAUUUACUUUUUUCAAGUUCUUUACAUUUUCCUUUGUGUUUUAGUUCCUCUUUCAGUAUUGUAAUGGGUAAUUUCCUUCUUUGACUCAGAAAAAUGUGGGGAUUUGAUAACCACACGUGAUUCCUAAACUCACUGAAUUAUUAUCUCAGAACAACCUUUAUUAUAUUUCAUAUCAAUGUCCUCAAUCACUUCUUGAGUGGUAAGAGUCCUGAAACAAACAGGGGACCUGCCUUUGGACGGGAGUUUCUUCCCCACCCCCACCCCUUCCCUGGAGACGUAGGUUUCCGGUUAGUUUCCAGGACCUGGCAGAGGAGUGCCAGAGAGUCCAUACCACAGCAGGUGGUAGUGCUGCUAUUUCUGUGUUUGAGACCAACAAGGCCAUCUGGACUGGUUUCAUCGGGGGGCCCCAAGCUUCUGCUGGUUCGUGGGGCGCACACAGCCGUCCCCUGCCGCCCUCUGCCGCCCUCUCGGCUCAUGCCCGGCGGGGCAGCGCCGGCCUCUGCGCGGGUUGUGACAGCUUGCAGCUGCUUGACUUUUGCUUUGAUCUGUUCAACAGCACCAGCACAGUGAGCACUGACGGUAGCUUGUGACAAGCGUGGCGCGUGCGGGAGCUGGUGAUGCGUCAGCUCUGUAUUUGCGUCCCUCUGACCAAAGUCUUGGAACCUAACUGAAACUUGCUGUCUUAUACUUGACGAGAAAAACGGGCUGUGCCAGUAUUAAUGCCAGAGUUCGUGUGUUCCCCUUUCUUACUGCCUUUGCAUUUGUUUCUACAAAUGUUGAAGAAUGUGCCUUAUUCAAAUUACUUGUCUGGGUAUUAUAAAAAAUAAAUCUUAACACUUCUCA